CUACAGGGAUAUAAAAGAGUGAAAGCUCUUCUGUCCAUUUCACAUUUUCUUGCACCAGAAAUCUUGAGUGUCUCUUUUCAAACUGCAUUAGUAUGGCUAAUAUGGCUUUUAUUACCUACGCAGUCAGUUUUUCCCUGGUUGUGGUCUUUUGCAUCCAACAGAACAAUGGUCAGUCAGUCCCAGACAGAUGCAGGUGUCUCAACACGUCCCGUAAGCCUUCAAAAUGGAAAAAUAUUGAAGAGUUCUCCAUCACCCCACCACGAUCCCGCUGCAAAGUCACUGAGAUCAUACUGACACUGAAGACCAUAAAUCCAAAGACCAAACAAAAUGAUCAGCGCUGUAUUAGUCCAGAGAUUAAUCAGAGUGUAUACCUUCAGGAAUGCUGGAACAGGGUAAACAAAGAUGGCAAGAGUGCCACUGUCAGGAUGAUAGAAUGUGGAAAUCCCAGAAACAGCGACACAAAAGUCACAGAAAACGCAACUACAGUCAGCACUGUUUCAGCACAGAGCAGCUGAACAAGAGGGGUGUAUGUGGAAACUCCAAGAAUCUCUGUGGUCAUGUGACUGACAAAAUCCAAUAGGAGUACUGACAGCUCACCUCCUUCCUGUGUUCGGAAACUCCAGUUAUGUAACCUGAGGACAUUCGCACUUCCAUGAAGUGUCACACAGAUGUUUAGUAGAAAACGCUUGUUGCAAGAUUUCCCAUGAACACUGAAUGUUUAAAGGACCUGAAGUAGACCAUCACCUUUUUAUUUACUUAACACUAGUAUUUAUAUCUAUAUAUUAUAUUUAUUUCUUUUAUUACUACCAAUUUGAAAUAAAAUUUGUACAUUUUGUACCUCGA